GGAGGAGAAGAGGGGGGGGUCCUGUUGCCCUAUUUUCCAGCUUUGGACCGGGGACCUCUCUCCCUGUGAAGCUGCACUCGCUGUCCUGGUUUUCUCAGAGAAAUUCAGCGUUUCUCUCUUACAGGACAGAAAUGAGCAUCGAAACGCUCCUGGAAGCUGCCAAGUUUUUGGAACUGCAAGCCCAGCAACAACAGAAGACACGUGAGGAAGAUCUUAAGGAAAAGCUGUGUCUGCAGAAGAAGACAGAGUUCAGGCUCUGGGACGUCAACUACAACUCCACAAAUCACAUCAACAAUGUCUCCAAAGUGGAGGAGCGUCGCACAGAGUGCCGCCCGGUACCUGCCCCACCCUCUGUGCCUGUCUCCGUAAUCCCCAUCCCCGUGGUCACUCCCAACCCCUUAGGCUCUCUCCCUCUGCCUGUUGCCACGCUUUCACCGCCGGCUGCUCCUCCACUCGCGUCCCCAAAGAGAGACCCUCAGUCCCCGCAGGAGCAAAGUGCCGCAGUUCUGCUCUGCUCCUCCCAACCCAAGGCUGACCUCCCGCCCUCCACGGUGACCGGCAACCACAGCCGGCUGAUUCAGGACCACCACCAACACCCCCAGCUCAUCGCCCAAGCUGACAACACUAAAGUGCACCAGCAGACGCACCAAGCCCUGCUUCAGAACUAUCCCGGCCCGAUCGUCUCCACCCCAAAGGAGCUCGCUCUGCUCCCUCCCACAGGGCCUGUGUUUCAGCCCUCUCCCCUUCAGAACGGCCCCAUCAGCCGGGGCAGUCCUCCCGAUGAUGGCCGCCAGCUGGACUAUAAGAAAAGGCCUGGGGGGGCAGGCACAAGAGAAGUACACAACAAGCUGGAGAAAAACAGACGGGCGCACCUGAAGGAGUGCUUCGAAACGCUCAAGAAAAACGUCCCAAACAUCGACGAGAAGAAAACCUCCAACCUGAGUGUCCUGAGGAGUGCACUGAGAUACAUCCAGACGUUGAAGCGCAAGGAGAAGGAAUACGAACAUGACAUGGAGAGACUGGCCAGAGAGAAGAUUGCCACACAACAGCGGCUAGCAGACCUGAAGAACGAGCUGAGCCAGUGGAUGGACGUGAUCGAGAUCGAGCGUGUCGUCCGACAGACCGUGCAGCCAGAGGAAGACCAGGUGUCCACUUCCACAGCCUCAGAGGGUGAAGACAUUCUGGACGAAGACAUGGAAGAAGAGGCUGCACAAAGACCACACACUGCCUUACCCGCUCUGCCUCACAACAUGAAACCUGAGCUGCUCAAGACUGCCACGCACAUCCAGCCUCCCGCCCCGACACCCACUCCCUCCAUCAUCUCUCAUCACAACUCCAUCCAGAACAAAGUCCCCCUGCUCCAGGCGCAGACGCUUCUCGCAACUCCCCCCCAGCCGCCCUUGAAGCCCGCAGCCUCGUUCACCCUCGCAGCCCCUACAUCAGGCAUGGUCACUGCAGGUCAGCCCAUAAUCCCCCCCCAGGCUCAGAUGGCAACCCCACCCAGCGUGCAUCCAACUGUCAUUGCCCACGCGUCAGUGUCCCACCCUUCAGUCAUCCAAGCAGUGAAUCACGUCAUCCACGCGGGGGGCCCGAAACAUGUCGCCCAGCUGGCCCCCUCCACAACCACUAGUUCUGUGCAGUUGACCCCCAGUCACCAGCCCAUCGGACAUAUCACUGUGCACCCUGUGGCUCACCUCAGCCAACACAUAUCUGCCCUGUACCCCCAACAGAUAUCUGUCACACAGCCAGCGGUGGUGGGUCAUAUCACUUCCACGCUGAACCACCCCCACCCUCAGGUGAACGGCACUGUCCCUCCCCAAGCAGCUGCCACCAUUGUAGGAAAGCAGGCAGCUGUAAGCGCCCAAAUGAUGGCACACCCCUCGCAGCUGGUGGGACAGACAGUGCUCAACCCCGUGACAAUGGUGACUAUGUCAUCAUUUCCCAUCAGCACUCUGAAGCUCACCUGAACACUGCCAGGAGGUGCUCCUAGGCGACAACGCCACACCGACCAGAGGAACUCCCCGCUCUGAUCCGGCCGUUAAACAUAGUGCACCAAAUCUGUGGGAUUUGAAGAGUUUGAUGGUCAUUCAGAACAGGGCAGCAGGCCCAGAGCUGGAACAGUCCUAAGAUCCGACGCAAACGCCUGCCAGCACCAGCCAAAGCUUGCUGACCACAGUGUCCUGAAUUAGAGAUAAAGCGGGCGGUGUCGUGUUAUGUGCACAGAUGAGCGGUUCUAGUCAUUAAAUGCUAUCUAGAUAAAACUAUAGUUCUGACGACCCAAGGCUAAGAGUGUCUCACACAGGAAAACAUUUUGCACUGACUCUUAAAAAGGCUGUGUAGGUUUUAGGAGAGCUGGACCUCCAGCAGACUGAGAAUGUGAUUUAGUGGAGCUCCUCCUCUCCAGCAGCAGCAGCAGCAGCACAUGCUGCCAGGCUGGAGUUAAACCCCGGACCGAACUCACCUCUGCCCCGGAGCGGCAGUCUUCAGGGUUCUGUGCACACUGCAACAGCUCCCCCUUCUGCCUGAAGCGGCUCCUCAUGAUAAAGAAACACUGAUGGAUAGAAAAUACAGGAAAUUAAUAAUGUGCAACUUUGUCUGGUUUUGGUUUCUGACAAUCAAUUUUUUUGGACAAUAUCAAUAUUUGUUCUUUUAAACAAACUUGUGAAGUCUAGCAGAAUGCAGUCCUUUUUUUUUUACACAGCUGCUAUUUAGGUUUAAAUCAUUUUACCAAAUAAGAUCUAUUUGCAUCGAUGGAAUAUAAACGCGAGCUAAGUCCUGGGUUUACAUAAAGAGGUCCACAAAGUUUAGUAAAGUACGUUUCUUUGCAGAUGAUAGUUGGGUGUGUGUCUGCAUGCUGUGAAUGCAUGCUGUGGUGUUGUUCAUGUUGUGCUACCUUAAACUCAGAACUCAAACUCGUGCUUUGUGCUGGAAGCCCUGGGUCUGCGUAUGACUGUGGCAAAGGUUUUGAAGGAUUUAAGCGGGGUGCAGAGAGACUUUUAACAGUUCAUGUUUAACUUUCAGAGCAUCCUUUAUCAAAGCUAGCACUGUGAACCUUUUCUGCCGUCUCCUUGCAGGUGACGCAGCACUUAGCCGGACAGCAAUACGCUGUGCUCUCCUGAAUGAAUCUGAAUGUACUGAUGUCUGACAGGAUGUGGAGCAGAGCACUCCAGAUGAAAAUGAAAAUGACAUUAUUAUAGUAACAUUUACAAGAUUUUCUAUUUAUAAUUUUAAUGUUGCUUGUUUCUGAAUACUGAUGUUUAAUGUAAAAUUUAUCCUCCCCCCCCCAUUGUUGGGACCAUGUAUAGUGCUGUGUAAGAAGAGGUAACAUGAGAGACCUCUUCCCUUUAUUAAUUUGAAACUCAGCUACUUCAGAUUAUAUUCAGCCCUUACAUUUUAACAUUUUGUUUUAAUGCAAUACUGAAGCAGGGAUUGUGGGUAUUUUGUUUUUGUUUGUUUCUUGUGGGAACCCCCCCCCCCCCCUGUCAGAUUUUGUGCUAAAGAUUGUGGGACGUCACAUUUUCCAACGAUUUCAGCAAAACUCAUGUUUAAAAGUCAAACAGGGAUAAAUAUACUUGAAGAAGUAAGUUUACUUGUGUGUUUUCCCUAUGGAGAAAGUUCAAGGUGUAUAUAGCCUGUAAAUGUUGGGCUGCAUAUAGAUAUAACUGUAUCAUCUAAAGAGAUUGGAGAUAAUUUCAAUUUUAAAAUCUAUUAAAAAAGAGACUUAAUAAAUUGUUUUAUGUUUACACA